AUGUCUUCUUUGCUCCGGGCUAACUGUCACACUAUCGCUCGCAGCGACUUGGGCGACCCGACCCACGCCAGUCCCGGACGCUCUCGCCCCCCAACGGUGCUGGCGCGUGCCCGCUCCCGCAAGCGUACGCCUGCGCGGCGGGCCGCUCUUCCCGCCCCCGCGGUGGCGUGCUCGCGCCCUCGCUUUCCUACUCCGGGGAGACUUCCACCUCGACUCCCAAAGGUCAAAGGGGCGCGUGGCCAGGAGCCGGAGGGGGCCGGGGGAAGGAGAAGCGGGCUGGCCGGUCGCGCACGCGCGGUGGUGCGCCCCGGCGCGCGCUCCUCUGCUCCCUUUUCCCCUCCCCUCCCCAGGUUCCCCACCUCAUUCGUUCGGUCCGAGGCGGACGAGGUGCGUGUGUGCUGUCUGCGCUUCUUCCCCGGCUGGGUGAGACUGACCGUUGGGACCCUCCGUCCCCGGAGUCGCCGUCCUACCUCAGAGCUGGAGCUGGGGAACGAGUUGCGCCCGGGGACUCUGGACCCGGGGCAGGUCCAGAGCCGGGAGGUUCCAAAGCAGCCGGCGAUUUCAGCGAGGGAGCUGCAGCUGACUCUGCUGAAGAUGUGGGCGGAGGGGCAGGACACCUGCAUAUCCCUGGGGGUGAUGCUCUGCGUGGUCCUGCUCACUGGCGUGGCGCGCGUCCUGGUCCGGAGGCACAUCAGCUCCUCGUUCAUUCGCGUCUUCGCGGCGGAGCUGCUGGCCACCUUCCAGCUUUGCUGCUGUUGUCUAGAGCUCCAGGUGCUGGGCGACCUGGGGCCGGCCAACCCCAGCUGGAUCCUGACCAUGAUCUACUUCCUCUCCCUGGUCCACGGCCUGACGCUGGUGGGCGCCAUCAGCAACCCGUGCGGGGUCCUGGAGCAGCUGGCGCUGGAGCAGAUGCCCCUGUGGUUGGGCUUCCUCAAGAUCUUCGCGCAGAUGCUCAGCUCGGGACUCAGCCGGACUUUCAUGAUGUGGGUCUGGAGCCUGGGCAUUUCCAAGCGCCACUUUGUCGAGAGGGCUGUGAAGUGUACCAGCCCUAUCCACCUGGCUCUGCCCGAGGCGUUCCUCGUGGAGAUGAUCUGCUCUUUCAUCUUCCACAGUGCCAUGAUGCAUUUCCAGGAGGUCAGGCUCAAGUUUCGAAUCCACUUGCAGGCAGCACUCAUCACGUUUUUGGUCUUUACAGGAGGAGAUCUAACAGGAGCUGUAUUUAAUCCAGCUUUGGCCCUUUCACUACAUUUCCAGUGCUUUCAUGAGUUAUUCUUCAACUAUUUAAUUGUGUAUUGCGUGGCUCCUUCUUUAGGUAUAAUGUUGAUGGUUUUGAUGUUCAUCCAUUUCCUUCCUUGGCUGCAUAACAUGAAUAGAAUUAAUAAAAAUGAAUAGCGAUUAUCAGAGGCUAAUACUAAGUUAAAUUGCAGUCCAGCUGGAUGUGAAGCAGUCACCAAGUUCAAUCGCUUCAUGCUCUAAAUGCCAGUUGCACUUUUCUCCAAAUGGCAGAUUUCUCUGAGGAUGCUGUCUUACAGUUCCCAUCCCUGAGACUUUUAAAAAAAUCAAUGUGAAAUUGAGGUCUCCUGUGUAAAGACUUGUUCUUUUGAAUGAUGUAUAUUAAAAUGCUGCUGGAAAGGACUCAUUACAUUAAAUUUAAACUUAAAGUGA